UCUGUCCGCAUUUGAGAGAUUAAAUUCAGUAAAGAAGGCGACUUCAAAUUUCUAACAGCAUUAAAUUACGGUGGAGUAAACCAUAAAUUACCAAAAUUCAGGAAUUCUCUUGGGUGGGCUCGUGUUGUCAUUCCCUCCGGCAUUAUCGAUUGAAUUUAUCAGCUGUAUCUACAGUCAAAUUGGUAAAUCAUUGCUUCUCUCGAUUCGUUGGUUAAUUUAACUGUGUGAGCUUCACCGGGACUCAAGUGGUAUCACUCUGCCGAUAAUCAGACAGCAUCGUCUCCACCGGUUGAGUAAGAAAAUACACCAGGCAUUGGGCUGCACGAGGAAGACGAGGCAUCAUGGGGUCAGUAUUUCUGUCAAUGUUGGAUGCCAAGUUUAGGGUGAUUGGUAUUUGGGAAUUUUGAGUGUGCAGGAUAUAGAUAUGGAUAAAGUUAUCAUCGUCGUAAGAUGUUCACCGCCGAGCUACGAUAAGCCAAUGCCUAUGGGUUCUAAGACAAUUCUAACAUUGAGGGAGCCUGCUGUCCUCAGAACUCCAUAUUCCACGUCGGAUUACACUGACGGCUCGUCAGACGAUGAGACUUCGAGUGACGAGGCCCCUGCUCACGAUUGGAAAGGUUUGCUGAAUCUUCGAAGUCUUCUGUCUAGAUAAUCCAAAGUCCUGACGUACAAGUGAGGAAUACUCACUUCAAAGAACAAGCUUCGUUGGAAGAUCUCGGCUUGAAGCUCAAUCUACGGCUGUUGUGUCGUUUCGUAAACGAGGUGGUUACCUGGUGACUUCUUCGUAAUGUCCGUAAUGGCAGUGGCAUUGAUUAGAUGGAGACAGCACUGGAAGGCAAUGCGAGAGCGAUGCUCCAGAUUGUCCUGCCUGAGGAAGACGAAGAGACCUCCGGACGAUGAUGCUGAAGGCAAUGUUGCAGCCCCCAGACCUCAGAAUAUUGCAAUACAGUCGGUAAAAGUGGUACAGGAGGCUCCGCAAAUCAAGCCCUUGGUCAUUUCAACUCAUUCCCCAGUUGGAGCCAGGGAAUCACCAGCACCAACAACCUCCAAUAUGGCUAGCCCGUCCAACGAUUCCCUCACCGCUGGUCACAGACGGAAACAUCCGCACCGCCGAAAGCCAAAUAGACAAUCAAAAUGUUGGUCAAAGUGUUCGGAAACAGCGAGACUGAACAUUGAAAAUUCCCCUCAGAAUAAAUGUCAGAAAAAGAGAGUGAAAAUUGAAUUCUGCCAGCACGGACCCCAAUGUAAAAAACGAAAAUCAGCAGAAUCAGAAUUGUUGGCCAGAACGAGGAAGAGCUUUCAGGGCUUUCGGGAUGAGACGCAAGGGUAUUUUAAGAAGGCUAGGGAGAGAUAUGACAGCCUUUCAUCGGCUGCUAGACACCCUUUCCGUCGCUCCAGCAGGCAAACCGUCGUCAAUAUGAGCAGCUGCACCUCGGAGAAGCUGUGCUGUCGGUGUGGACUCCCCGCCGAAAAUCUACCGAAGCAAUUGGCCAAGAUCACGAAGAAUAUUCACCAGAUCUGUGAGUGCGAGGAGAACCCGAUGAAGAUGACGGGGGGACCUUUGAUUUCCUAUUGCUCUUGUUCCGUUGCUCUUUGCGGAAAUGAUGAUCCAUGAAAAAAAUCCCCGAAGAAAUUCUCUUUAAUAUGUAAAACCCAUAGUAUUUACGAUAUAUCAAAAUAAAAUCCCCCUUUAAAUAAUUGAAUGUCUCUGAAUGCCUGAGCAAUAAACCUCUUGAGCUAAACAUAAUGUAAUUUUAUCUCGGACAUUUUUACUGCCGCGUCCAACGGCGUCUGAUGGUGUGCACCAGCC